GCCGCCCUACACUUAUUCCAUCUCUAGCUCAAACCUGUUCUCGGUUUGAAUUCGUUUGAAACAAAUUUCAAUUCGAAAAAAACGUUCGAGCGUGGCGCACGUUACGAUUCCUCCGACUGAUUAAUCGUAGAGCAGCACUCGCACACGCCUCCCCGCAAAAAAAAACACUUACACACACACUGCCACCGACGCGUCGCUGCAGCAGAGGCUCCAAAACCAGUGUUGUUGUUGCAGCACCGCCGUCGCUCUUGUUGUUGCUCUUCGACCGCUAGAAUAAUGAACGUCGCAGCGCUGUUUUUGGCGCUGCUGCUCUGCGCCGCGAACGCAGCCGCCGACGCCGAUUUGGCGGAUAAAUUGCGCGAUGACUCGGAACUCUCUCAGUUCUACAGCCUGCUGGAAAGCGACCUCGUCGCCAACUCAACGCUCGCGCUGCGCAGCUGCACGAUCUUUGUGCCCACCAAUGAAGCCUUCCAGCGCUACAAGAGCAAAACCGCCCAUGUGCUCUAUCACAUUACCACUGAGGCGUACACCCAGAAACGACUGCCGAAUAUCGUGUCAUCGGACAUGGCCGGCAAUCCGCCGCUGUACAUCACAAAGAACUCGAACGGCGACAUCUUUGUGAACAAUGCCCGGAUCAUUCCCUCGCUCAGCGUGGAGACGAGCAGCAAUGGCAAGCGACAGAUCAUGCACAUCAUCGACGAGGUGCUGGAGCCGCUGACCGUGAAGAGCGGCCACACGGACACCCCCAACAAUCCGAAUGCUCUCAAGUUCCUCAAGAACGCCGAGGAGUUCAACGUGGACAACAUCGGCGUGCGCACCUACCGCAGCCAGGUUACGAUGGCCAAAAAGGAGUCGAUCUACGAUGCCGCCGGACAGCACACCUUCCUGGUUCCCGUUGAUGAGGGAUUCAAGCUAUCGGCUCGCAGCAGCCUGGUGGACGCCAAGGUCAUCGAUGGCCAUGUGAUACCCAACACUGUCAUCUUCACUGCCGCCGCCCAGCACGACGAUCCCAAGACUUCCGCCGCCUUUGAGGAUUUGCUCAAGGUCACCGUCAGUUUCUUCAAGCAGAAGAACGGCAAAAUGUAUGUAAAGUCCAACACCAUUGUGGGUGAUGCCAAGCACCGCGAGGGAGUGGUUCUGGCCGAAAUCGUCAAGGCCAACAUUCCAGUGAGCAACGGAGUGGUCCAUCUGAUCCACCGACCGCUGAUGAUCAUCGAUACGACGGUCACCCAAUUCCUGCAGUCGUUCAAGUUCAUGAACGAGAAUGCUGAGAACGGAGCAUUGCGAAAGUUCUAUGAAGUUAUCAUGGACAAUGGAGGAGCAGUUUUGGACGACAUCAACAGUCUGUCGGAAGUCACCAUUUUGGCACCCAGCAAUGAGGCUUGGAACUCGUCCAAUAUCAACAAUGUUCUGCGUGACCGCAACAAGAUGAGGCAAAUCCUGAACAUGCACAUCAUUAAGGACCGCUUGAAUGUGGAUAAGAUCAGGCAGAAGAAUGCUAAUUUGAUUGCUCAGGUGCCCACUGUCAACAACAGCACCUUCCUGUACUUCAAUAUCCGCGGUGAAGGAUCGGAUUCAGUGAUCACAGUUGAGGGUGGUGGCGUUAAUGCCACCGUUAUCCAGGCUGAUGUGGCCCAGACCAACGGCUUUGUGCACAUUAUCGAUCAUGUUUUGGGUGUGCCUUACACCACAGUUCUUGGCAAACUGGAGACCGAUCCCAUGAUGAGCGACACAUAUAAGAUGGGCCAGUUCUCGCACUUCAACGAACAGCUGAACAACACACAACGCCGAUUCACCUACUUUGUGCCCAGGGACAAGGGAUGGCAGAAGACCGAGCUGGAUUACCCAUCGGCUCACAAGAAGCUCUUCAUGCAGGACUUUUCCUACCAUUCCAAGUCCAUUCUGGAGCGUCAUUUGGCCAUUUCGGAUAAGGAGUACACCAUGAAGGACCUGGUCAAGUUUUCGCAGGAGUCGGGCAGCGUUGUCCUGCCCACUUUCCGCGACUCCCUGAGCAUCCGCGUGGAGGAGGAGGCUGGACAUCUCCAUGAUGAGUAUGCUAGUCACGAAUGGACUGGCUACGUGAUCAUCUGGAACUACAAGAAGAUCAACGUGUACCGGCCCGAUGUGGAGUGCACCAACGGAAUCAUCCACGUCAUCGACUAUCCGCUCCUGCAGGAGAGGGACGUGGUCGUGGCCGGAGGUAGCUAUUUGCCAGAAUCAAGCAUUUGCAUCAUCUUGGCCAACCUCAUAAUGAUAACAGUAGCAAAGUUCUUGAACUAAACGCAUCCGAUAUGUAAAAACCAAUACAAUCCAAAGCAAAUGCAAAUCAAAACACAACAACUACAACCACAGUCGUCUACAGAACAAGAAACAAGAACACAUUAUGAAUCAGACUAAUGCGACAUCCACACGGAUGUAAAUAAUCAGCACUAGUUUGUUGAUGCCGAUCGAAAAUCACAAGCAACCAAAACUGUAUCUGUAAUAUAUGCGUCACAAGGAACGAUCAUCAUUCCAAACUGCCACGCCCAUGCCACCCACAUAACCACAUAUACACAGCCCCACAAAGAAAGACACGCAUGCAGAAAACUGCCUGCAAAUUUGCUUUAGCAUCGACAGCUUUGCCCCAAAAAGAGCUGGCAAGAAAGGUUUUUGGAUGUCGUAAAAAGAAGGAACCCCCUAAUUUUAAGCAUUAAACUUGACUCCCUUUCAACGGCCUUAUGUAUUAUAUGAAAUAUGAAACUCUCUGUAAAACAUUUUAAUUUUAUGUUCAACCUAUACUGGUAGCUUACGUUCAUCAGCUCGCUAAGUUUUAAGUUUGGACCCACGUCGAUCUGUCUGCAAGUGCAUUGACAAUUGUAUCGCACCAUGGAACAUCCGAUUGUGUUUUUGAUUUUAAGUGUAUAUUUUUUGUGAAUUGCUCGUUUUAGUUAAUGGUCUAAUUUAUGAUUUAUGAAAAGAGUUAUCUUAAGUAGAAUGCGAAUCUCAUUGUACAUGUCGAAGCAGAAGCAAUAAGCGCAUCACACACUCUCAUACUCAAACGCCCACACAUUCCCCUAUCCAUUAAAACAUACGAACAUGUAACGAAACAAAGUCAUUGUAAGAUUUGGAAAGUGUGAACAAUUUUUAUAAUAAACUGAAAGUUUUCAUUUAAACUUAACGAUUAAGCCCGCCAGCCUUCUUGUCUCGAACCAAACCGAGUGGUCCCCCGUAGGCACAGAACUAUAUCAAAGUCGGACAAGAAAUGUGCAAGCUAGCAACCAACAAACUCAAUUAUAUUUAAUGCCAUCCCGCACUUAGUUAUUAGCCCGCUAUGCAUGUGAAUCCCCCAGAUAAACACAUACGCCACUGCAACUAGGUUAGUCCAAUGUAAAACAAGUUUCGAAACUGCCGCCAACUACAAACUAUACAAGCAUACAUACAAUCCCUGUAAUCUAAAUCACUCACGGGACACAACUACAUGUCAUCACUGAAUGGAUUUUGAUACCGAUUUUAACUUGCAUACGAAACCAAAACGAGAACAACCAGAUGAGAAAGCGAACUAAAUUUCCCCUCGCCCGAGCAGUUGCAUUUUAAAACUUUGUAUGUAGUUUAAAACUAGUUUUUAGUCCGACUUAGAAAAACCCAAUCGCUAACUAUAUACCAACUCUCUUUCUAUUUCUCUCUGUCUCUCCCCCUAAUGCUAUGUACUUAUAGGUUAGACAUUGUAACUAGCGUAACCAACCAAGACCGCGCGUUAAGUCGGGCAAAGAAACACUGAAAUGUACUAUCCCCCAAAGAAAACCAAGCGAACUUGCAUUACUAUCAGCCUACCAGUACACACUGUUCUCAACUUUCACCACCACCACCCACUUAGGAACUCAGUCGAAAACAAAUCCAGUUGUGGCAGUCGCUAUACGUAGUUGCUAAUUCCCGAUCCAAUCGGACAUUCCGGCAGUCUUAUCUUUAGUAGGUGGUUUAGUUUCGUUUGGUGCAGUGCAGUGCCGUAGCAGCUAAGUAAAAUGUAUGAAAUGAAAUGAACACAAAAAUGAAUAUAGAAAUGAACACGUAGAAAUGAAUACGCUGAUGAAAUGUACACGUAAGCUUUAAGGAAUCGCUGGGAGAGCGCGGAUCGGAGAUCGGAAAUUGCAGUCGCAAUUUGUGUCGUAGUCAGCCUUACUAAAGAUAAACGCAUUACCUUAACCUUUAUACAAAUUUACUCGAAACAUACUUGUACCCAAACCAUACGUUCCGCUUUGAAAGACAUCCAGAUAUAUAAGGAGGUACACCCAACAAUACAAGUAUAACUACAAAUGAUAUUGCGCCACACGCUAUUUACACCAAAAUACACCAAAACAAAUCGAGAAAUGCAUAUUUUUCAUAUAUUUAAUUGUCAGAAUAAUAUAUACGUAGUUUAUUUACUGUAAAACUCAAGAAUCUCAGAAAAGGAAAAUUUAAAUCACAUAUAUUGAUGUAUACUUAGCCAUUGAGUUUCGAAGCAAGCGUUAGACACGGGAAUAUAUGAAUAAAUCUAUAUACAAUAUGCGAAAUCAAGCAAACUAUGGAAAACUGCAGUGCAAAAGAAUAUUAUUCCAUUUUAUUUUACGACAAGCGCUUUUUACAAAUAAACCGAAUCCAUUUCAAUUACUCGUAAAGGAACAGCAAGAUUAUAUUUAGCGUUAGUUAAACUAAUUAAUACAUGUACUAGAAAACCGAAUGUCAACCGAGAAUCUUCAGCAAGCUUGAGCGAAUAAUUAAACUUUAAAACUAACUAUAAAUAAA